AGCGCGCACGCGCCCUCGUGCGCGUCAGUUCCCGCUGUAGCGACGGACGGGUAAGGGAGCUGACCCCGGCGGUUUGCUCCGCUCUGUGGAGGAGAGAUGGGGAGGCGCUGGGCCUGGCCUGAGAUAGGAAGGAGCCCGCCCCUCGACGCCUCCUGCGACCCUAGCCCCUGAGUCGUGAUGCGAGCGUGGGUCCUACUCUCCGCGGUGCUCUGGUACCUCACUGGAGUUGGAUGGCAGCGUUCUUCUGAACGUACCGGGAAAGGCUUCAUUUAUGGCAAACCCGGACACCCAGUGAAAAUAUAUGUAAAAUUACACCACAAUAGCCCAAUCCUUGCCUGCAUGGAUUUUAAACGUGCUAAAAAAGAAACAGUGGACCCCACCUACACAUGGAUUGGGCCUAAUGAAAAGCCAUUAACAGAAAAUAAUCGAAUAAAUAUAACUAAAACAGGAAAGCUGAAGGUGAAAGAUUUUCUGGAGGCUUUGUCUGGACUUUACACAUGUACUCUUUCUUAUAAGACUGUCAGAGCGGAAACCCAAGAAGAAACGAUAGUAAAGCAGAGAUAUGACUUUAUGAUCUUUGCCUAUCGGGAACCUGAUUAUUCAUAUCAGAUGGCUGUACGUUUUACCACAAAGUCUUGUGAAGGAAAAUAUAAUGACCUGCUUUUUAGAGUGCUGAAGAAAAUCUUGGAUAAUUUAAUCUCUGAUUUGUCAUGCCAUGUCAUAGAACCAUCAUAUAAAUGCCAUUUUGUUAAAAUUCCACAACAUGGUCUCAUACAUGAGCUAUUUAUAGCCUUUCAAGUUAAUCCUUUUGCACCAGGGUGGAAAGGUAUAUGCAAUGAUUCUGCUGACUGUGAAGAUAUCACUAACCGUAAUAUCCUCCAGGCAAGGGAUCGGAUAGAAGAAUUUUUCCGGAGCCAAGCAUAUAUUUACUAUCACGACUUUAAUAAAACUAUACCAGCUAUGCAUUUCGUGGACCACAGUUUUCAAGUAGUACGUAUGGAUAGCUGCCGUCCAGGCUUUGGAAAAAAUGAAGGUCUACACAGUAAUUGUGCUAGCUGUUGCGUGGUUUGUGGUCCUAGGACUUUUAGUCCUGAUGUUGAUGUUACUUGUCAGAGCUGCAUUUCCAUCCGUAUUUAUGGAGCUAAAUCUUGCACAUAAACUUCAAACAAAAAUCAUAUUAUGAAGACUAGAGGUGAAAGUAUUGUUACUUGCUUGUGGAGGUGGGGAACAUAAGAUAAUUUGUUCACAUCCUGGAACAUCAAAGAUCCAUUAAGUAAGACCAAUAAGACCAAAACAUCGGAAAACAUACAUUUUAGAAACUUCAAAAAGAUAGUUGACGUGGCAUUUCUAAGAAGGAAUUUAGUAUCUCCAGUGGACAAAGGAAAGUGUAUUAGUGGAUGAUUUCCAUGACAUAUGUUUUGCUGUUUACAAACUGAAUCUGUUGCUCUGUACCUAAGACUGUAUUAAGGUCAAGAAGAGUAGCAAAGUAUAAUAUAAUAAAAACUUUAUACUUUCCAUAUAUUAAUUUGUUUGAAAUCACUCUGAUAUGAUAUAAAGACAUUUAUAGUACUUUUGUAAUUAGAACCAAAAACCUUGUUUCUUUUGGUCCCUUUGCUUUUGUUUUUUAAAUAAUUAGUUUUGAAAGUAUAGUUUUAGAUUUAUAGGAUAAUUGAGCAGAUAUUACAUAGUUUCGUGUACCCUCACCCCUCCCCAAUUUCCCCUACUAUUAACCUCUUGCAUCGGUGUGAUACAUUUGUUACAAUUAAUGAACCAAGGUUGAUAACUAUUAUUAACCAUAGUUCAUAGUUUACAUUAGGGUUCAUUCUUUGUGUUAUACAGUUCUAUGGGUUUUGACAAAUGCAUAAUGCCUUGUGUUUACCAUUACAGUUUCAUACAGAAUAGUAGCACCGCCCUAAAAAUCCCUUGUGCUUUACCUAUUCAUCUCUCCCUCUUGCUCCAGAACCCUUGACACCACUGAUAUUUUUAAUGUCUCUAUGGUUUUGCCUUUGCCAAAAUGUCAUGUACUUGGAAUUAUAAAGUAUGUAGACUUUUCAGGCUGGCUUCUUUCACUUAGCAAUAUACAUUUAAGGUUCCUCCAUGUCUUUUAUGACUUGAUCAUUUUUUAUUGCUGAAUAAUAUCCCAUUGUAUGCAUGUACGAAGGACAUCUUGGUUGCUUCCAGUUUUUGGUGAUUAUGAAUAAAGCUGCUGUAAACAUUUGUGUGCAGGUUUUUGUGUGGACUUAAGUUUUCAACUCAAUUGCAUAAAUAUCUAGGAGCGUGCUUGCUGGAUUGUAUGGUUAAGAUUAUGUUUAGUUUUGUAAGAAACUGCCAGACCAUCUCCCAAAUUGGUUUACCAUUUUGCAUUCUCCCCAGCAAUGAAUAUGUUCUUAUCGCUUCUCAUCUUCACCAGCCUUUGGGUAUUUUCAGUUUUUUUAAUUUUGCCGUUCUCAUAGGUAUAUAGUAGAAUUUCAUUGUUGUGUUAAUUUGAAAUUCUCUAAUGACAUCUGAUGCUGAGCAUCUUUCAUAUGCUUAUUUGUAUAUCUUCUUUUGUUAGGUGUCCAGAUCUUUGUUCAUUUUUUUUAUUGGAUUGUUUAUUCUCUUAUUGCUGAGUUCUAAGAGUUC